AUGUCUUCAGAGCCUGAAACUAAUUCUGUAACUAUCCUUGACAAUGGGACAGAUACAAUCAAAAUUGGUCCAGCUGAAGAAGAACUACCUGUCUGAGUAAUUCCGAAUAAAAUAAUGUAUCCAAAUCCUAAUGUUUGGUCAGUGCCAGCAGGGAGAAAAGAAUACUAUGCUGGUGAUCUAGCCUCUUGUGAUAGAGGAUAUUCCAAAAUUUCAUACCCUAUUUGAAAUGGUGAAGUCAUCGACUGGGACCAAAUGGAGCAUGUCUGGACUUAUGCUAUUUACAAUGAACUCCGCCAAGACCCCACUGAGCGCCCAGUGCUACUGAGUGAGCCUUCACUCAACAGCAUGGCUGCUCGUGAGAAAGCCUCCCAGAUCAUGUUUGAGUCGCUUGGUGUUCCUAGCCUAGCUCUGAAGUCACAGUCGGUGCUAGGUCUGUACUCAUCGGGACGGACAACAGGAUGAGUGGUAGAUUCAGGAGAAGACCUUACUUGGGCAAUCGCAGUGUUUGAAGGGCACCAAGUUCCACAUGCAGUUGAUAAAAUUCCUUUGGCUGGCAAAGCUCUGAGUGAAUACUUUAGCACACUCUUAGCACAAGAACAAGAUUUCCACAUUACACAUCAUGUCAGAACUCAGUACCAAAAGGCUGUGCUCAGCCAGAUCAAACAUGAAGGGUGCUAUGUGGCCCAAGAUUAUCAGGCUGAACUUGAAAAAGCAAGCCAAGGACAACAAAUGCACACACAGUAUUAUCUCCCUGAUGGAGGAGCCGUGCUAGAGUAUACAGUCCCUCGGUUCAAGUGUCCCGAACUCAUGUUCACACCAGCUCUUGGUGGCCGAGAACAUCUGAGUCUGCAAGAACUCGUCUGCUCUGUUGUUCUUGGCUGAGACCUCGACCUGCGGAAACACUUGUUUGCGAAUGUGGUGCUUUCUGGUGCCAAUACGAUGUUCACUGGCUUGAUGGAGCGACUCUUCAACGAACUCAGACAGACAGCACCUAAGCACAUGAAGAUCAAGCUGGUGGGAUCGAGAAACAGAAAGUUUGCAGCAUGGACCGGAGGGAGUAUUCUGACAAGACUAUCAUGAUUUGAAGGAAUGUGAAUUACUAAGGAAGAAUAUAAAGAGAAUGGGGAGACAAUAAUUCGGAGGAAAUGAUAUUAG